AUGGGGAGGGGUAGGGUUCAGCUGAAGCGCAUAGAGAACAAGAUCAACAGACAGGUGACUUUUUCCAAAAGAAGAACUGGGUUGCUCAAGAAGGCUCAUGAGAUCUCUGUCUUGUGCGAUGCUCAGGUUGCUCUGGUUGUCUUCUCCAACAAGGGCAAACUCUUUGAGUACGCCACGGAUUCAUGCAUGGAUCAAAUACUUGACCGCUAUGAGAGAUACUCUUACGCAGAAAGACAGCUAGUCGAACCCGAUUUUGAAUCACAGUGUAACUGGACCUUCGAAUAUUCUAGACUAAAGGCUAAAGUUGAGCUUUUGCAAAGAAAUCAGAGGCACUAUUUGGGAGAAGAUCUCGAUUCGUUGACUCUGAAAGAGAUCCAAAGUUUGGAGCACCAGCUCGAGACCGCUCUUAAACAAAUUCGAUUAAGAAAAAACCAACUCAUGCAUGAGUCCAUCUCUGAGCUUCAGAGAAAGGAAAGGGCGAUGCAGGAGCAAAAUAACUUGCUGGCAAAGAAGAUCAAGGAGAAGGAGAAGGCCGCAGCUGAGGAGGUUCAUAACUGGGAGCAGCAAAACAAUGGCCUUAACAUGCUUCCACAGCCGCUUCCAUGUCUAAACAUGGGGGGCACGCAGCAAGAUGAAUUCCUUCAGGUGAGGAGGAACCAGCUGGACCUUACUCUGGAACCAUUAUAUUCAUGCAACCUCGGAUGCUUUGCUGCUUGA